AAGACACUAAAGCUGACAAAUGAGUGAGAAAGAGCACUAACUAGGGCAGUUUCUGAAAUAUUUAACAAAAUUUAUGUCUAUUUCCAUGAAUCCAACUUAUAUUAUGCUUAACUCGCUCUUCUCUUCUGCUCAGAUCCAAACUGUCCACUAAGAUAGUGAGAGAGAUGGAGAAAGAAUAUUCCGGUGACAAAUUCGACGUGAUUGUGGUGGGGGCAGGCGUCAUGGGAAGCUCCGCUGCCUAUCAACUAUCCAAGAGAGGUCAAGCAACUCUCCUUUUAGAGCAAUUCGACUUCUUGCACCACCGUGGAUCCUCUCACGGCGAGUCACGCACCAUACGCGCCACCUACCCCGAAGACUAUUAUUACAACAUGGUCAUGAAGUCCGCUAAGCUCUGGGAAGAGGCCCAAUCCGAGAUCGGCUACAGGGUCUACUUUAACGCCCAACACUUUGAUAUGGGCCCAGCCCAAGACCUUAGUCUCCGGGCGGUCAUUGCUAGCUGUGAAAAUCACUCCAUUCCACACCAGGUCCUCGACCGCCGCCAAGUAGCCGAUAAGUUUUCGGGCCUGAUCGACAUACCCGAGAACUGGCUAGGCCUUUCUACGGAGCUUGGAGGUGUAAUUAAUCCCACAAAGGCAGUCUCCAUGUUCCAGUCGCUGGCACGCAAAAACGGAGCCGUUCUGAGGGAUAACGUCGAGGUAGAGAAAAUAGUCAAGGACGAAGAAAGAGGCGGAAUCUGGGUUGUGACGGCCAAUGGAGGACCUUUUUGGGGACGGAAAUGUGUCUUAACCGCCGGUGCUUGGACGACGAAGUUAGUUAAAACGGUUACUGGGCUUGAACUGCCGAUUCAGCCCUUGGAGACUACUGUAUGCUACUGGAGGAUCAAGGAAGGGCAUGAAGGUAGAUUCGCAAUCGGCGGCGACUUUCCCACCUUUGCGAGCUACAGCGAGCCGUAUAUAUACGGAACGCCGUCGUUGGAGUACCCAGGGCUGAUCAAGAUCGCGGUGCAUGGUGGGUAUGCAUGUGACCCGGAUAAGAGGCCGUGGGGGCCUGGUGUUUCAUUGGACUCACUGAAGGAGUGGAUCGAGGGGAGGUUCAUGGGCCUGGUGGAUUCCAAUGGGCCGGUUGCUACUCAGUUGUGCAUGUAUUCGAUGAGCCCAGAUGAGGAUUUCGUGAUUGAUUUUGUGGGUGGGGAGUUUGGAGAGGAUGUGGUGAUCGGAGGUGGGUUUUCUGGUCAUGGAUUCAAGAUGGCUCCCGUAGUAGGAAGGAUAUUGGCUGACCUGGUGAUGUUUGGGAAGGGCGAAGGAGUGGAGCUAAAGCAUUUUAGGUUAGGAAGGUUUAAGGAGAAUCCUAAGGGGAAUGUCAAAGUGUUCGAAGUGCAAGUCAGAUUUUCUCCACAUUCCCAGUAACUUUGAACCUGGCAAGUUCAUGUAAAUUACAUAUAUUACUACGUUUGUGGCUACCGAUAUCUCUCAUCUCACCUUUCUACUAGGUAACAAGGAAUUUGUGUUUGGUGAGUUUGCUAAGCUGACAUAAAAAUCAAUAGAUGAAGUCCACUGCAAGUCAUGCAGGUGACUCUGUAAUUCACCAAAGUUCAAAUGUUUCAACUUUCAACCAA